AUGAAGGCCCCAGCCAUAACCGCCACUUUUCUCGCCCUCACCUUUACACUUCUUCCCUGCGUCACUGCACAAGGCGUGACGGUCAAUUCUCCCUGCACGGGCGCCGGGUACGCAUGCCUUUCGGGAAACCACGCCAUCGCCUCAUGCGACGGGCGACGCUGGCAGCUUGCGGCUGAAUGUGGGACACAGUGCUUACGAUGUUUCAUGGGAGGAGUCGAGUGGGACUGGCGAACUGGCUUUGCGGAACAUUCCUCCUGA